AUGGCAGUAAUUAAUGAAAUUUUCUUCGAAUUCCAAUCGAUUACGGAUGACAUGAAAAAUGCCGCAAAAUUGAUAGAAUCUUCAAACGUAAUGAAUCUUGCAAAUUUUCAUUAUAUCAGUGAAAAAGUUAAGAUAGCUACAAGUGUCAUGCUUGCGAUAAGACAGCGAGAGACAUCGUCAGUAAUAUUUGAUCAUAUUUCUGAAUCACCACGUUCACAAACCAUACGAGUCCCAGAAGAACAGGGACACAAAACUAUACCAGAAAGUUCGGUGAUCUUCCAUAUCCCGGUGGUAGAAAGGCUUACCGGCACAAUAUCAAGAGUUAUUCAAGAGCUGGUGCCGAAAAUCAAGCCGUACACAGUAAUUCGAAAUGCAAACAGAAUGCAGCUGUGCCCUAAUGAAUUUAGGAAUCUAAAAGGAUGA